CUAUCCGCGGGAAACAUAAUAUAAACACAUGCACAGGUCAGGAAUCGUCAGCAAUGAAAAAAAAAGAGACGCAGAUUGAUAAUAUUGAAGAGAAUGAUGGCAACUGCAAUACGAACCUUGCUAUCACCAAGUGCACAGGCGAAACACAAGCAAAUUUGGCUUCACUUAUUACUCAAUACGUGGAGACACUAAAUCAGUGCAGCUUCCGCCACUUGGGCUACCCCACUAAUCAGGAUUUAAACUAUGACGUAUUAUUACCGUUGCUUAAUUUUCAUUUGAACAAUGCCGGUGAUCCAUUUCUAGGGAGUAGUUUCUCCCUAAAUUCAACAGCAUUUGAAGUUUGCGUGCUUGAUUGGUUUGCAAAUCUGUGGGAGAUAGAGAAGAAUGAGUAUUGGGGAUACGUCACAACUGGUGGAACUGAAGGCAACCUUCACGGGAUUUUAGUAGGGAGAGAACAACUUCCUGAUGGGAUAUUAUAUACCUCUCAAGAUUCGCAUUAUUCAAUAUUCAAAAUAGCAAGAAUGUAUCGAAUGCAAUGUGUGAAGGUUAGAACAUUAGUCUCGGGUGAGAUUGAUUGUGUUGAUCUAAAGGCUUUACUUGUUGCACACAAGGACAAACCAGCCAUCAUCAAUUUAAACAUAGGGACAACUAUGAAAGGAGCUGUAGAUGAUGUUGAACUUGUAAUACAAACGCUUGAGGGAUGUGGUUUCACUCGCGACCGGUUCUAUGUUCACUGUGAUGCAGCUCUUUUUGGAAUGAUGUUGCCUUUUCUCAAAGGAGCAUCAAGAAUUAGCUUCAAAAAAGCCAUUGGAAGUGUAACUAUUUCCGGACAUAAGUUCUUGGGAUGCCCUAUUCCUUGUGGUGUUUUAAUAACUCGUCUAGAAUACAUCAAUGCAUUAUCCAGAGAUAUUGAAAUCAUUGGUUCAAGGGAUGCCACAAUCACAGGCAGCCGUUGCGGGCAUGCUCCAAUCUUCCUUUGGUAUGCCUUAAAAAGAAGAGGCUUGAUAGGACUCCAAAACGAAGUGCAAAACUGCAUAAUGAAUGCAGUUUAUUUACAAAAUCGUCUACGAGAUGCUGGAAUUGGUGCAAUGUUAAACGAGUUUAGCAAUAUUGUGAUCUUUGAGAGGCCUCUAGAUGAUGAGUUUAGCCGUAGGUGGAGUUUGGCAUGCAAUGGAAAUAUUGCACAUGUGGUGGUGAUGCAGCAUGUUACCAUUCAAAUGUUGGACUCCUUUGUCAGUGAAUUUCUUCAAAAACGAUCCAUUUGGUUCAAGGAUCGACGGUUUCAACCGCUAUGCAUUGCAAACGACAUUGGUUCUCGAAACUGUGCUUGUUCAAUGCACAAUUCCAUAUCAUGAUUGGAAAUCUAUAAACUCUAAUCAAUAAUUCAUGUGUUACAUUAAAUUUUAUUUA